CUACCUUCAAAGUUUUGGCCUUCCUCUUGGGAUUCUUUUCUUGUCAAAUGUCUCUUCAGCAAAGCUCCAUGUCCAAACCCCUCCUUAAACCCACUCCAAUGGCAAAGGCGUCGCCUUUCCUCGCCCUUCCGGCCUUUCUACCUCUGUUAAGCCUCCUCCCUCUUCUCUCCGCCCGCAACGCCUUCUCUGGCGUCGUCGCCGCUGAUGCCGACCGGUUCUUCGGGGACCUGCUCCGCAGUUACGGCCUCCCCGCCGGCCUGCUCCCCAAGGCCAUCGAUUCCUUCACCCUGGACCCUACCUCCGGCCUCCUCGAGGUCCGGCUACGCCACCCCUGCUACGCUCGCUUCGACGGCGGCGGCCUCGCCUACUUCGACAGAGUCGUCAGCGGCAACCUCAGCUACGGCGCGCUCGGCGGCGUCGUCGGGUGGUCGCAGGAGGAGCUCUUCCUGUGGCUCCCGGUGAAAGCUAUUCUCAUAGACGAUCCCGCGUCGGGCGUUAUCCUAUUCGACAUCGGCCUGGCACACAAGCAGCUUUCCGCGUCGGUCUUCGAGGAGCCGCCGGACUGCCAACCGGACGCCGAGGCGAUCAAAAUGGCCGGAGAAGAGCUCCAUGGCAGGAGAAGAGAUGGAUUCCAGCAGCGUCGGUAAUAAUUAGAACCCCUACAACUCCACAAUCUUGUCAGCAUACUUGUCCUUCCACUGCAAUCUUUCAUGUGCCGUUGUUGGAAUAGCAGCAUUUAAUGUGGUCUCCUUCCCCUUCCUCUCCUCCUUUCCACCUAUCCAUCCCCACCAUUAUUAAUUCGAUGAUUUUGAGAGAAUGGAAGAAGAAAUAAGAAGGGAAAAUGAUGGGCACCGGUGAAUUUUUCACAUCUUGACUUGGCCAUUUUAUGUAUGAUAGUGCACAAAGAAAUUUAAAGUUAUUAAUAAUCAGCAUCGCUUUUGCCGUUUGGUUGAUUGUA